CGCAGCGGUGGUUGCUAGGCAAUGGCCACAUCGCGGAAGCUGGGGACGCAGGUGGCGGUGGGUGCGCGUAAAGCGGGAGUCGGUUGCCUGUGCGGGUGCCACCCCAGCAAGUAGAAGAAUUAAAGGAAUGGAAUAUGAUGACGAUAUAAUUGGAUAUAGCCAAAGAGCAGCACUUCCUGAUCAACAUGUUAAAAAAUAAGGCUUAUUCAUCUAAACAAGAUCGCUUAGCGAUCACUGCUGUUGCUUUACAAGAUCACAUUCUACGUGACUUUGAACUUCAAAAUCUGUCAGUAGCAGAUCAUUCUAAGACAAAGGUACAAAAGAGAGAGAACAGAUCCAAAUUUCUAAAAAGAAAUACAAAAGCAACAAUAGAUACUGGACUUAAAAAAACUACACAAGGCCCCAAAGCAGAAGAUCCAGAAAGAGAAUAUGUUCUUGACCCAAAGCCACCACCAUUAACUUUAGCACAGAGGUUGGGCCUGUUUGAACCUCCCCCACUACCUCUGUCAUCAGACGAAUGGGGAAAAGUGAAACAGAGAUCCAUCCUGCAAGGGGAUUCCAUGCAGCCCUGCCCAAUAUGCAAGGAAGAAUUUGAACUUCGCCCCCAGGUGCUGCUUUCGUGUUCCCACGUGUUUCACAGAGCAUGUCUUCAGGCUUUUGAAGAGUUCACAAAUAAAAAAACCUGUCCCCUCUGUAGAAAGAACCAGUAUCAGACGAGAGUGAUCCACGACGGGGCCCAGCUAUUCAGAACAAAGUGUGCGACGAGAAUCCAAGCCUGCUGGAGGGGACACGUGGUUAGAAAAUGGUACCGAGACCUGAGGAAGACUCUGCCUCCCACAGAUACCAAGUUGAGGAGAAACUUCUUUGAAGAAAAGUUCACAGAGAUCAGUCACCGCAUCUUGUGCUCCUUCCACACGGACGUAGAAGAGCUCUUUGCGGAAAUCGACCGCUGCUUGGCCGUAAACCGCAGCGUUCUGCAGCAGCUUGAGGAACAGUGUGGCCGUGAGCUCACGGACGAGGACUGGCGGAAAAUCCAUAUGCAGGCUCUGCACCGGGAGGCCUGUGAGUGUCCCAUCUGCCUGACCCCACUCUCAGGGAGCAACAGCUGCCAGCACGAGGCGUCGGCGCCAGGUGGCGGCCAGCCCUCCCGGGAGACGGUCCUCCUGUCCUGCUCACACACGUUUCACCACGAGUGUCUCCUGGCCCUGGAGGAGUUCUCUUGGGGGCACAGCUCUCCUUUCCAUGUCUGUCCCGUCUGCCGCUCUUGCUACCAGAAGAAAAUCCUUAAAAGUUGAACUCAUGGUCGGAAGCAGUAUAUCAUUUGGGGGAGCCUACCUUAAAUGUGGACCACUUGUGGGGGUUGGGGUUAAGUACCACAGUGUAAUCCGUUCUUUUAGUUCAUACAGGGGAAACCCAGCUAUGCUGUAAAAGCUGACAGCCCAACCAGUUUUAUUUCAUCUAUAAAAUUUCAAAUUCACGCAUUUUAUCAGCUCAAGAAAGUGAGGAAACAAUAAAAUUUGGGUUUCAGAGAUUCUGUAAUUUACUGAUUUGCUGUACUUCUCAUGGACCAGUCAGGAUUGCUCAGAACAGUAAAUUACUCCCUUUCCUCAUUGGAUUAACUGGCCUAUUUCCACGAAGUUCUGAAUGGCAGCAGUGGGCCUGCCAGGAUGGUUCAGAACGGUGUCCCAGGCUUGGCCAUUGGCAUGGGUACUGCACACAGCUCGUGUCUGACCAGCACACUGGUAACCUGAAAGCACUCUUCAAAUGAAGCGCCUCUGAGGAGGCGGUGUACACAGGAGAGACCAGAAUGCCUGUCACUUCACUCUCCAGGCAGACUGUGCAGCCAGCAGAGAAGGCUUGUGCACACUUUCAAGAGGCCAUGAAUGGAGACCUGUGGCAUCAUGUCACUGCCACUGCAGCCCCACAUCCGUGAUGCCCAGGACCACGUCUGUAAGCGGUGUGUUCUUUUAAUAAUAGCUUCCAAAGGAAAGACAUCACACAGCAUUUCAGCAACUGGUAAAACUCUUCCUUGGUUCUCAGCCCCACAUUUGACUCUUCAGCUCCACACAUCCUGACACUAAAGGUCCCUGUUUCACUUUUGUCCUCAGACACCAUGGACAUUGGCUGCUGCCCCCUGUGAAGGCCACUUUCUGAGCACGUUCAGAAGGCCAUAAUACCAAAGUCGUGUCCGAAAAUGACUGGGGUUGUCUGGCUUUCCUGUGCUUACACUGGAACUUGCAAACACGUUUUCCUAAUUGAAUUACACAGAAUAGGAAGUUAAAUCACUUCUCUUGAAAGCUAGCUCCUAGUUUCUGCCCCUUCAAGGCAUAUAGGUCCACCACCUAGUUUUGAAAUUUUGUAACCCAUUUUUCAGUUUUUGCAAUUUCUACUGAUUUUAAUUACAUUUUUGCAGUGCAACAAGUAAUUUGCAUGACAAUAUAUUUGCUUCAGUCGUGUUUAUAAUCACGUAUCUUACCUGAAUAAUUUUCACAAGCCAAAAAAUGGUCUUUGUGUUUGUUCUUCCUUCAGAUUCCAAAGUCACAUUUUUCAAACUGAAGUUUACCAUCCGUUAGUAGGUCAGGAAACGACUCAGGGGGUUGUGUCUAGAAUUUUAAAAAAAUAACAACAGAACAGAAAUUGCCAGCAUACAUCACAUAGUAAAAGUAGGUACGGUUUUGUUAAAUGUUGGUUUAUACAUAUAGAAGUGUGCUGUACACUGAGUUACAAUGUAAAAUGUGUCUUCCUGUGGCUAAGAGCUUAAAAGUCACUGGUGUAAAGGCUCCUGUUUGUCAGGGAAUCAACCCUGAGGCUGGUGUCAUGUAGUCUUCCGGGAACUCUGGAUAAAGCUGCCUGGACACAAUUAGGUGGUCAGGCCAUUCUAGGAAGAAAUUAGAAGAACCAAAUCUAAAUAACUCAAACAACUAAACAACAUACAUAAUUCCAAUUACUGUUGCUACGUUCUUUCAGGUUGCAAGAAAUCGAUCUACCAAUAACUCUACAGCAAAAGGAAAGAGAAAAUACCCACUUCUUCCUCAGUUCUGCAUGGCACCAGAAUAAUUAUUGCCGUUUAUAAAAUUGAAACAGAAGUACCCUAUACAGACCCUUAGACAUGACAGUACUUAAGAUUUUUUUUUAAAAGCACAUAUUUGAGUGCCUGUACACCAAAAUAUGAACUCACUUUUGUAAAAUUUCAAUUUCUAAGACAUUUAAAGAGUCACACUGAAAGUAUCUCAUAGAAACAAACAAGACUGACAAUUUUAAACAAAACACUGUAAACAAAAAACAUUUUUAAAGUAACAUCAAACUAGAUUUUUUAAAGUUUAAAAAGUCAGCACUUCAUGUGUGCUCAUAUUUUUUAAUUACUGUAAGAAUUCUGCCUUUACGCAUUAGAUGCUCUGCUAACUACAAAGAAAGCCACAUCGGGCUUCCCAACGAAAACCCAUGCUGUUGGCAAACUCAGGCUCACUGAGGACACAGCGGCAAGCGCAGGAGAUGCGAGGGCCCCGGAGUCAGAACCACACAAAGGUUCCACCCCAUCCACUGACCCCUUCAGUGUGAUGGAGUUCACCACUCAUGUGUGUAAAAUGUUCACAGAAAGUCUCAUAUUUGAAACAGACCUAUUCUGUAUAGAAUGCACAGAAAGCUAAGACUAAAUCUAAGAAAUACCUGGGAAGUCAGUAAAAACCAUUUACCAAUGUUAUACUCUGUAAAUUUGAUUUUAAAAUAACUUAUUUCAAUAUUGCAGAACCAAUUAAUGGUGGGCCUUGGCCAGGUCCCUGUAAGAAACUGUGAGUACAGUGCCGAGCUGGGGGUGGGGGGAGCCGGGGUCCAGUGCUAGGGGCGUCACGGGCACACCCCCCAGACCCCACUCGGCACUGCGCCCUCACCAGCCACGUCUGCAGCAAAGGGAGACCCGAAAGGCGGGUGUCCUCACCAGUGUCCAGUGCCAGACCUCAGGGUGCCGCCACCCACUCCUGUUGCAGGCUCCAGUGUGUGUCCACAGACACACCUGCAUGUAGGACAAGCCCCUCCCUCCAGAGAAGCUGCCUGUAAGACUGGGACACACUUGCUGUCUGUAGAGCCCCGAGUGGCUGUAACUGCGUGAUUUGUAUCCAUAGAGGCACCUGAGCCCCCAGGU